AUGGCCGAAGCUACUCUUUCUUCAACCACUGUAACUCGAUUUGAUGGUAAAGUAGCUGUCAUUACAGGCGGAAGUCGUGGUAUUGGUAAAGCUGUGGCAGACAAAUUAAUCAAAGGAGGUGCCAAAGUUGUGAUUGGUGAUAUCUUGGAACAGGAAGGACAAGCAACUGUUGACGAGUUCAACAAAAAUGCUGGCUCUAAAGUAGCUUCAUUUAUUCUUACAGAUGUUACCAAAUAUACGGACAAUAAGGCAUUGUUUCAACAUGCCGAGAGUGAAUUCGGGGGUGUUGAUAUGGCCGUCUUAAAUGCAGGUAUCAUCAGUAACUGCGACACUUUGUUUUCCCCUUUGGAUGAUGAUUUGGAAGAGAAAAUAUUUAAUAUAAAUACUAUUGGUGUCAUCAAAGGAGCAAAAGUGGCUCUUCUUCACAUGGCUAAACGCGGCGGAGGAUCCAUUGUAUGCACUGCAUCCUUGGCUGGCUUAUAUUGUCUCCCGUUCUUUAAUGCAUACAAUGCAACCAAACACGCUCUUGUUGGAUUCGUAAGAUCAUGUCAGCAGCUCCCCGAUAUUUGUAACGUCCGUAUCAACGCAGUUUGCCCUGGCUUUGUUGAAACUGACUUGUUGAAAAACUUGGUUCUUGCAGAACCUUCCCUUGCAAUCUCUACAUGUAAUCCUCGUGUACCAUUGGAAUACGUUGUUGAUGGAAAUAUCAUGUUUUUAUCAGACACUACAAAAAACGCUAAAAUAUUGAUGGUUUUACCUGAUGGCCCUCAAUUCUGCGAGGAACCUGAAAUGCCAGGAUCUAUGAUUAGUGAGGCAUCCGAAAAGUCUACAAAGGAAUAUGCCAAAACCGUCGUACCCAAUGGUAAAGAGAAACUUGCUAAAGCACUUCAAAACUACAAGAAUGAAUAUCAUUAA